AAUAGGUAUAGGUGAUUAUUUAAUAGGAUACAGUUUUGGCAAAUUAGAAAACUAUUUUGACCAACCGGUACAAUCUUCUCCGGCACUAGGUAUAAUACUAGGUGAUCAAUUAGGUAAUGAAGAAAUAAAAAUACCCAAAGAGGACAUUGCAUACAAAUACUUUUGCAUACCCCAUGAAGGCAAACACUUACUUAUACCAGUUCUGCAUCACCUUUUCCACGUUUUUGAAAAUUAGAUUUAACAUUUAAAAUAUUAAGAAAUUUGAUACUGCUGUUUUUUUAUGCUAUUAUUACAGAUAUGGAGUUUUUGUUCAGCGAAGAAAGCAUUGGCAUUGAGGCUCAGCAGCCAGUUGGCGACAAGGUUGAGGAAUUGUAAAAAACGGUUUUAACAAACCAAGCAAAAUUAUUGGAAAACCAGAAAAUAGUUAUGGACCAAUUCUUUCAUUUCGGCAAGCGACUAACUAAUUUAGAAAACAUAUUUAAUGAAAAUAAAAUCGAAGCCAGUGAGCAGCUAACACAAUUUAAGACGGUGCGUGAAUGUAAGGUCCUACUCCGCAGGAUUCAUCAUUCUGUUUGUAAAAUGACUGGAGAAGAAGUGGAUGAAAUUCAAACGGAAAUAUCGUCCACAUUACCAUUGCAAACGCUAGCUGCAGCUGAAGAAUUUGAAAAAAAGCUGCUGCAACAACAAUAUCUUGAGGCAAUGAAAACUUUACUUUUGAAAAUUAAGGGUCCUGAAACGACUGUUGACGAUUUGCUUCGUCAACUUUAUAGUAAUGAAAUGUUGUCGCUUUGCAACUGGGAUGGUAGGGCAACAAUGAAGCAUUGUCCCAAUAUUCUCUUGUUUCGGACAUACUUUUUGAUAUUUUUCAGCUAUGCGGACGAGCAACUUACGAGAAGAACAUUCGUAGGUCAAUUGAGCUUAGUCACCACCGUUUUAAGCAGCGAAAUUAUCGGCAGCGGAAUUUAAAUAAGA